AUGGGGUCCUCUUCCUAUAUCCUUCUCACCGCUCUUCUUGCCAUGGCUGCAUGGCAGGCUAUUGCUUCUGAUCCGAGCCCUCUCCAGGACUUCUGCGUCGCAGACAACAGCUCACGUGUUCUUGUUAAUGGAUUUAUCUGUAAAGACCCAAAGGAUGUGAAGGCUGAAGACUUCUUCUUGGCAGCCAAACUAGACACGCCAAGAGACACAAAAAUGAACAAGGUUGGCUCUAAUGUCACCUUGAUCAACGUAAUGAGGAUUCCCGGCCUGAACACACUGGGCAUCUCAUUGGCUCGCAUCGACUAUGCACCUUUAGGUGAGAACCCACCGCACACUCACCCGCGUGCCACUGAGAUCCUCACCGUGCUUGAAGGGACCCUUUAUGUUGGAUUUGUCACAUCCAACCCAGAAAACAAGUUCUUGUCGAAGGUGCUCAACAAGGGUGAUGUGUUUGUAUUCCCAGAAGGACUCGUCCACUUCCAGUUCAACCCGAAUCCCUAUAAACCGGCGGUAGCAAUUGCUGCACUUAGCAGCCAAAACCCUGGAGCUAUCACCAUUGCCAACGCAGUAUUCGGAUCAAAGCCUUUGAUCUCAGAUGAUGUUCUCGCCAAGGCCUUCCAGGUGGACAAGAAGACUGUUGACUGGCUUCAAGCUCAGUUUUGGGCAGAUAACCAUAAUUAAUUAAGCAUUGUAUUGACUCUUU